AAAAAUCCUUUCCAAUUUGCAAACCACAAUAUCUGAGCGACAGAGAUUUACAUGUCAUCGUUUAAUCUGUUACAGAAUCCGUGGCGCUAGGCUCAGGAGCGCGGCGCAGUGUCGCGGCGGAGCCCUUCCCUUUGCGCAAGUUCCGAAUGAAGUGUCAAGUGUGUCAGAUGUAAACAUUAUUUCUUGUGAGCGCGUGUGUGUGACGCUGCCACUUGUGACAUGUCAACUCAUUAGUCCUCCGACAAAAUCCCAGUAGGCCUUGAUGUAAGAAACCCAAAAGUAAACAAAAGUUGGGUCAGAAAGAGUCAUUCAUCGUGCUGAUAAAGAUAAACAAAGCUACCACCCACACCCGCUCUCCCCCGGAAGGGACUAACCGACACUGCUCCCCGGGCACUCGACAAACCAUCCCUAGUCCCUUUCGGGGACCCGCAGCCGGACACGAUGGACGGCGGCAAGAAACCGAUCCCAACGGCCAAUAAUGCCAAUAAUGGCGCGGCAGCGAUGACGACGGCCACCGGUGGCGGACAGCAGAACGAGAAACGGGUCGGCUGUGCACACUACAAGCGGCGGGCAAAGUUUGUGACCCCAUGCUGUAACAAGUUCUACAUGUGCCGGUACUGCCACGACGAGAACGAGACGCAUUUCUUCAACCGGAAAACGGUCACCGAGCUGAUCUGCACCGAGUGCAAUACGCGGCAGCGAGUGCAGGCCGAGUGUGAAAAGUGUGGCGUGCGGUUCGGACGGUACACCUGUCUGGUAUGUAAUCUAUUCGACGACGAGGAUCGUAAUCAGUAUCACUGUGAUGGAUGCGGCAUUUGUCGUGUCGGUGGCCGUGGUCGCUUCUUUCACUGCGAAGUAUGCAACAUGUGCCUGCCGCUGCAGCUGAAGUACGAUGGCCAUCGGUGCGUGGAAAAUGUGUCCCGUUCCAACUGUCCCGUCUGCCUGGACGACAUACACACUUCGCGCAUUCCCUGCCACAUUCCGGACUGUGGCCAUCUGCUACAUCGAACGUGUUUCGAGGAGCUGCUCUCAUCCGGUCACUAUGCUUGCCCCACCUGCCAGACAUCGAUGAUGGACAUGAACCAGCUGUGGGAGUUCCUGGACGCGGAGGUAGCUGCAACGCCCAUGCCAAAGGAGUACGAAAACUAUUACGUUGACAUUCUGUGUAAGGAUUGCCAUAAGGAAUCGACGGUAAAGUUCCACGUGGUAGGUCUCAAAUGUACGCAUUGCGGGGCCUACAAUACCUGCCGGACGAAGACGAAACCAAUCGAUGGAACGAGCAAUGGAAGCAGUGGUAGCGGCGCACCAGUACCACUACCACCGCCACGCAUGACCACGACAGCAAUGGCUACGGUAUCGUCGUCGCCGCACACGCUGCCAACAGCGGCCAGUAGCAUUCACAAUGAAAACGGAACGACGUUACGAUUGAAUCACCUGUUGAAUGGUGAAAGUUCUACGACCUCAGUCAUCGAGGGCGGAGGACCUAGUACGUCAACGGCACCGUCGGCUUCUUCCGCGUCGUCCUCCUCAUCAUCAUCGUCCUCCACUGGCUCUGCGUCAUCGUCCUCGACGAUGGUGAGCACUGGCGUGUCGCUCACCGGACAACGGAACGGACUGCUCGCGGCUCAUAAUGGCCCACAAGUAAACGCGACACCCGGCCGGAGCAACACGAACAGUAGCGAUAGCUCCAGCAGCUCUUCCAGCAGUACCAGUGGCCGAAGGCCACCGAACGAUGACGGCGAUGGCGGCGAUGGUGUUAGUGGUGCAACUGCGGUUGAUAGUAAUGGUCCCGUUACCAAUGGAACCACCAGUACCGUGGCCAGCAGCAAUGCUGAUGGGGGUGAAAGCUCUGGCUCGCCACCGAUCUGCGACGAUCGUUCCUCCUCGUUCAAUAGCAAUAGUCACGACGGUGCCGCGCAAAUCUGAGACUAAACUCCCAAUCCAACCAAUCAGAACAGUGUCGUGCGUUCGUGUUCCACAGCGCCCAUUAGGCUAGAAUUGUUUUGCUGCCACCAACACACUCAUGUAACCCCCCCAAACUUCUCUCUAUCUCUCUCUCUCUUCCAGUCUCUCUCUUUCUUGUAGUCCUGUAGUGGCUCCAGGUACCUCUGCCGAUAGGGUAUCAAGCAUUAAACUCAGCGCGAGAAACAAUAGGUUGAGAAGAGGAUGGAAAGUAACGGAGGGGGUUUCACCGGUGUUCAUUCCAAUCAUCGUGCGCACGUUGAACGAAGAAAAGUCGCUUUGUGUUCACCUUAUAUUAGGAUGUGGGAAAAGAAAUGCAUUACCGACCUUGGUCAACAUUGUCAUAUGUAACCCAUUUCUCAUCCCCAGUCACCGUCCCGUUUAAGAAAUGGGUCAAUUUCUUUCCGUUUGGCCGAAACUUCGCAGAUGGAAAUCCGAUCCAUCAUGUUUGGUGUUAAUUGGUGUGGCAUCGAGCUUCGUUUUGAAUCGCACUUUGCGCAAACUGUUUUAUGGUGGAUCUUUCGCUCCUGAACGAUGCUACCGAGAAAACAAUGGAUUUCUUUUUCCCCAACCUUAUAUUUGCUAUAAUAUUAUUACGAAACAUUAUCUGUUGAUUUCUGUUACUGUUAGUGUACGUGUGUACAUUUUACUUUUUCAAGUCCUGCGUCUAUGUCUUUGCGUUGUUAGUUUAUUCUUUUUGCAAUGUUUCCUGUUCCGUAAAAUCUGGCACAACUCCAAAUCUCAACUGUCGCCCCCAUUCUGUCUCUUUGUAUCCUGUGUCUUCGCGGGAACGGGAACCGUGUUAGGUUCGAUCGUAAAAUGCAACUUUCCGUGUUUCCUUUUGGGUACCAAUGUAAGGUUAGACCGUAGAUAUGGUAGACGAAUGGUGGUAGGUGGUCACUCGACAAAUCGCGAGCUCGCACACUAAAUUAUUCUCAGUUGCGCAUCACGUACCCGCUAGCCCUGCGAGACAUUGGCGCCCAUUCUUCUGUGUAUUUAUUUACGUUAAAGCUGGCUGUAGCUGCGUUCGUUCCUGUUGCACCUACAUACAGUAGUGCACCUUGGUUCAGAAACUCGGUCGGUUUUGCUCUGUGCAUAACUUUUUCACAUCUUGCUCCACUUUAUCGAGGCGCACUCAGGCAAGCUCUACCAUCGCUUCGCACCCAACCGUAAACGACCCAUUGCCUAAGUUACACCUUCUUUACCGUAAGUGUAUAUUUUUGUGAUAAAUUCUUCGCGGUCCGCAACGCGUGAUAUUUGGUCAAAGAUGGAAGAUGAAGUUGCGGGACGGAAGAGAGAUGGUUGCGGAUUGAUUGGGCACAAAGUUCAGGCAGGGAAUAUGAUAAAGAAAGAAGGAGUGGUGUAUCUCUCGAUGGAAUUUGCCGGCGGCGUCGCGAGGACAACCCCAAACCGUCAGCUACGUUAGUCUCGUAAUAAUGGUCAGUAGACCUGUUCAAGAAAUUUGAAUGUAUCUUAUAAAAAACAAAAAUACAAAAUAAAAGCAUACAAUUGGAGAGCAGAAAAGACAAACGUUGGCUCAAUUAUGUGUUGGCGGAUGCGGUUGGUGGAUCGAUAGGUUACGAUUACUUGUUAACCGCGGGUGCUCCUUAUUUAGGAAGAUCGUUGUCAGGUGUUUCUAUCGAUUUUUCAAGAUCGGCGAUGGAAGACCUGGUUUUGUGGAUUCCUAGUUAGUUCAAUAGCGUGAAAAAUCGGUUGAGAGAGAGAGGAAAAGUUCACUUUACACAUCGCCCACCACUGGUAGGGUGCGUUAAACAGGGAUUCGAAAGCGAUUAAUGCGAUCAAACUACGUAACUACCGGUCGGACCCGGUUCCGAUGGAACACAGUCAGAGAUAUAAACCGUUGAACGAAAAACGGAAAACAAACCAUUAUGCAAGUAGUAUUAAAAUUGAAACUAGAUUCGAACAUAGUUGCUGGAAGAUUACUAAACCCGUUGGCGCUGUGGUUGGUGCACGGAACGCAAGCGUCACUGAGCCGACCUUGCCAAGGCGUAUUAAUUUAUAGCUUAAAAACUAAUAAACCACACUCAACCACUAAACACGCAGGGAGGGCAAACGAGACUAUCGGCUGGAUGUUGGUGGGGAAAUACAUUUAUUGUAGAACGACUUUUGAACGAGUCCCAUCGCAGUAAUAAUAGUAAAUGAAUGAUGAGAACCGAAAGCGCA